AUGUUAAAGGAGCAGGGGAACCUAUAUUCGAGCAUGACUUCCCACCCGGCACUGAUAUGGUGGGUGAAAUCCUUGCCGGUCCCUAUGCUCAAGAGAGAUUCGAGUUGGAGAUGGAGGCUAGG